GUGUGAUCAUCCAGUCCAGCUCAGACACAGAAACACCAGCAACAUCUCAACGUGAGUCCACCGUGCCUGUCACCUGUCACCUCGCUUCUCCCCCCCUCUCCAGCGGAUGGACUGAGGAAUGGGACCCUCUCAGAGCUAGUUUGGGAAGAAGACACGAACACAGGGGCGGGACUGCGCUGAAACUACUAGGUUAGUUAGCUCAGUACGGAGGAGCCUCACUUUAUAUCAGCUGCUUCAACGUUUCUCCCUCACUGGGUUGAGCCUCCUGUUGCAUCAUUUUGCCCUCAGAGAAGAAACAGGAGCCCAGCGGAUAUGCAGACUUUCCUGAAAGGCCGGAGAGUCGGCUACUGGCUCAGCGAAAAGAAGAUGAAGAAACUGAAUUUUCAGGCAUUUGCAGAUUUGUGCAGGAAAAGAGGAAUAGAGGUUAUUCAGCUGGAUCUAAGCCAGCCUCUGGAGGACCAGGGUCCGUUGGACGUCAUCAUCCACAAGCUGACUGAUCUCAUCCUGGAAGCGGACCAGAAUGAUUCACAGGCUGUGCUGUUGGUGCAAAGAGUACAGGAUUACAUAGAUGCUCACCCUGAGACUAUAGUGCUGGACCCACUUCCAGCCAUCCGGACUCUGCUGGACCGUUGCAAGUCCUACCAGCUCGUCCGCAGGAUAGAAAGCUGUAUGCAAGAUGAGAGAAUUCUCUCUCCUCCAUUCAUGGUCCUGAACACAGAGUGCAGCCCAGAUGUGCUCGAGCAGAUAAAGAGACAAGGACUCACAUUCCCCUUCAUUUGCAAAACACGGGUGGCUCAUGGAACCAACUCCCAUGAGAUGGCCAUUAUCUUCAGUGAAGAAGACCUGAAGGAUGUGAAGCCUCCGUGUGUAAUCCAGAGCUUCAUCAACCACAACGCGGUUCUCUACAAGGUGUUUGUGGUGGGAGAAUCCUACACUGUGGUGCAGAGACCCUCCCUCAAAAACUUCCCUGCCGGACCUGCAGACAGGAAAGCCAUUUUCUUCAACAGCCACAAUGUUUCCAAACCGGAGUCGUCUUCAGACUUGACCUCUAGAGAGAACGUAGAAGGAGUGUCUCAGCCGCCAAACGAUGAUGUCAUCAGAGAGUUGUCCAGGUCUUUGCGACAGGCGCUGGGCGUGUCCCUGUUCGGCAUCGACGUAAUCAUCAACAACCAAACAGGCCAACAUGCUGUCAUCGACAUCAAUGCAUUCCCUGGUUACGAGGGUGUCCCAGAGUUUUUCAACGACCUGCUGAACCACAUAAGCAGCGUGAUUCAGGGCCACAGCCCUGACUUCGCUCCCGUCAGCGAGCAGUCCAAAGGCCUGCCGGUGAGCUCCACGGUACCCAACGCCACGCCGCCGGCCCCGGGCUGCUGCAGCAGCAUGCGAGGAAAGGAGUUGCAGAGACUGGGCUGCAACUCGGCCAUGUCCCCCAACUUCCAGCAGCACUGUGUCUCCACGAUGGCUACCAAGGCUUCCUCCCAGUGACUGACCCCCCCACCCUACUACAUCUGAUCCUGAACAAAAAAACUAAAAAAAAUUGGAUUACAGUGGUGACAAUGAUAAUAAUAAUUAUUACUAUAAAUAAUCAUAGUAAUUAUGAUGUUAAUAAUAUAUCUAAUCCAAAAACAAGCCUUUUCCUAUAUAGUUGAUGAAAAUAUUGGUGAUUGGGUGUAAAGCUUAUUCUUUUUUUUUCCUCUGCCUUUUUUUUUUUUGUAUUUUUUGUUUUGUCAAAUGACACUUAAACAGUACUGUAAUGUGAACUUUUGGGAACUUUUGCAUAAUAGCUGAUUUUAUGUUUUUAUUUCAUUUUUCUUGUGUGUGAGAUCUCUGUAAUGAAUGGGUCCAGAUGAGGUAGCUAAGGGAAUGGCCUAUGAUCCAGACUGGAGAAAGAUGCGCCACUAAACGUGCAAUGAAUGACCCCCAAUUGAUCUCACGCGCACACAUUUACCCGCAGACACGUUUAAACUGCAACGUAUCAAGCCAACGAUGUUUGUGUGCGUUCCGUAUUCUGGUCAAUACCACUGAUGAAGAGGAGAUGGUCGGGCAUUUGAACACUACUCCACCGAUGGCAGGCUGCUGUGUGACUGAGCCCAGUCGACAGCAGAGAACGUCACAAGUCUGAACGUGAAUAAGAGAGUUCUGUCAGUUGGGAAGGUGUGUGAGCUGAUGUUUUUUUGUUUUGUUUUUUUCUGAGUGCCAUCAAAUUGACUUUGUAAGGAGGACAUCUGAAGAAAAGUUAAUAACUGAGAAGAAUAAUCACCAUAACUAUGUGACCAAGGAUUGUGUUUUUUGUUUUGACUUGUUUUUUUUUUCUUUUUUUUUUUCUUAAGUAUUUUUCUGCAUGCCAGAUGUUUGGUGUUCAACAUCCAAACAUCGUUUGAGCCUCAGUACGAGUCGUUCCAACGAUGGAGACAAGGAUCACAUUCCCUUCUUCUGCGUCUGUGGAUGUUUUCAGAAAAAUUCCAUGAUUUUUUUUUUUUUUUUUUUUUUUUAAUUCCAGUGAGAUCUUGUGAGAUUUCAUCUCCUUAACUCCAUGUGUCUUGAGUCUGAUGCGAGCAAACCCUUUUUCUCCCUUGCCAACUUGAUGGAUCUAGAAAUUUCAGUCUGCUGUGGAGCUCAUCAGCUUUGAUUAUUUUAUUCUAUUUUUUUAAUUAAGUGAAAUUAGAGCUUUGAUAUCAACCUAAAUUGGGUAUUAAGUAUUUGUGUGAUCGUUUAAUAACAAUUGAAUUAAUUGUUGAGCUUUAUUGUCACACAGCACUUCGUGCAGAAUAACCACGGUCAACCAAAUCACCAGUCCGGUUGGUUCCUGUGUUUCCAGCUGCUCCGUGUUCUGAUCCAGCUGCUGUAUUUGUAUCAUGUUUGAAGAGAGCAAGUCGCGCUGUUGUUCCCAUUGUUCACUGUGAGAUGAUUCUCUUCUUUUUCUUAA